GGCCGCUGCGUCACUGUGAGCUGAGUUCGGUAGCAUCAGCUGCGGCAGCUAGGGAUUCUGCAGCGACAGGGCGUCAUUUCUUACAUGGUUAAAACACUAAACAGAGACGCUGACACCCGCGGAUCUAUAGGAACGAGUUUGAAAACACCUGCCCAUCAUGGAGUCCUAUGACAUUUUAGCUAACCAGCCGGUGGUUAUUGAUAAUGGUUCUGGUGUCAUAAAGGCUGGUUUUGCUGGUGACCAGAUCCCCAAAUACUGCUUCCCCAAUUAUGUGGGACGUCCCAAGCAUGUGAGGGUGAUGGCUGGAGCCUUGGAGGGAGAUCUCUUCAUUGGACCCAAAGCAGAGGAGCACCGGGGCUUGUUGUCGGUGCGCUACCCGAUGGAGCAUGGCAUAGUGAACGACUGGAACGACAUGGAGAGGAUCUGGCAGUACGUUUACUCCAAAGAGCAGCUGCAGACCUUCUCGGAGGAGCAUCCUGUGCUGCUGACUGAGGCUCCUCUUAACCCCAGCAAGAACAGAGAGAAGGCGGCAGAGAUCUUCUUUGAGACGUUCAAUGUUCCUGCUCUCUUCAUUUCCAUGCAGGCAGUUUUGAGCUUAUACGCCACUGGCCGCACAACUGGGGUUGUGUUGGAUUCUGGUGACGGCGUAACCCAUGUGGUUCCCAUAUAUGAGGGCUUUGCCAUCCCCCACUCCAUAAUGCGCGUAGACAUUGCUGGCAGAGAUGUCUCUCGGUACCUCCGCCUGCUGCUGCGCAAGGAGGGCUACAAUUUCAACACGUCGGCAGAGUUUGAGGUGGUGCGCACCAUCAAAGAGAGAGCCUGCUAUCUCUCUCUAAGCCCACAGAAGGAUGAGACUUUAGAAACAGAGAAAGCUCAGUACGUCCUCCCUGAUGGAAGCACUUUAAAUAUUGGACCAGCAAGGUUCCGUGCUCCAGAACUGCUGUUCAGACCUGACCUGAUUGGAGAUGAGAGCUCAGGAAUCCAUGAGGUCCUGGCCUAUGCCAUCCAAAAGUCUGACAUGGACCUGCGACGCACUUUGUUUUCCACCAUUGUUCUCUGCGGGGGGUCAACAUUGAUCAAAGGCUUUGGAGAGAGACUACUAACUGAGGUCAAGAAGCUUGCACCAAAAGACGUUAAGAUUAAGAUCUCUGCACCCCAGGAACGGCUGUACUCCACGUGGAUCGGUGGCUCCAUCUUGGCCUCGUUGGACACCUUUAAAAAGAUGUGGGUGUCUAAGCGGGAAUAUGAAGAAGACAGAGCACGUGCCAUCCACAGGAAGACCUUCUAGGCUCUGAUUAGGACCAUGCAUACGCCAACCCCUCGCUAUCAGAACCUGCCCCCACUUCCCCACCCUGCUGCUGAACAUCCUGAUACCUGCAGCAGUUUGUACAUUGUCAUUUAUGAUCUGAAUCACUGUAGGCCCCCAGAAACUAGCUGUUCCAUCUGUUGGGGGACCAUAUUGAUGCCAGGGUUGCUGUCAGACGAUGGUGGCAACAUCCUCCACCUCCCGCCCCCCAGUUACAUCCAGAGGGCUGUCAGGGUACCUCGGAGGGCAGGAUCAACUCUGGGUAUCUUAAAUGUUGAAGUAUUGGUGUGGCCCCGUUAGGUGCACAAUAUCAUCAAAUGUUAAUAAACGUAAAUAUUCUUUACUGUUGAAGUUUCCAUUCCAAAAAAGUCGACUUUUUUAAUGUCUGUUUUUAGGCUUCGUCUGACUCUUAGCUUUUACACAGCAAACAUCCGAAGUACGCACUGCAACAAUGCUAUGUGUGUGUGUUUGUAUAUGUAUGGGUGUGUAUAUGUGUGUGUAUGUAUACAUUUAUACAUACACACACAGCAUAUAUAUUAUGCUAUGAUACACAUUAAUAGUAAGUUAAUUAUCUUUACUGUAUUAACAGAACUGCAAGGAAAGAAUUUCAUCCAAAUGAUCAGAGUCCCCUCAAGUUACUGUUGUCAUGAAAAGUUAAUCAAAAGGU